AGCCGAGCAGCAUCGGGUUUCGCAAGACCCAAUGAGGGAGGGCGGCGUGGCCCGGCCGGUGGCAACUAGGACGCGCCUGCGCAGAGGUGGCAGCACGAGAGGGGUUGACUCCGGGGGCGCGGCGAGGAGAAACAUGAGGCUGAGCUGGGUCCUGACAGUAUUGUCCAUCUGCCUGAGUGCCCUGGCCACGGCCACCGGGUCCGAAGGCAAACGGAAGCUGCAGAUCGGGGUCAAGAAGCGGGUGGACCACUGUCCUAUCAAAUCGCGCAAGGGAGACGUCUUGCACAUGCACUACACGGGAAAGCUGGAAGAUGGGACAGAGUUUGACAGCAGCCUGCCCCAGAACCAGCCCUUUGUCUUCUCUCUUGGCACAGGCCAGGUCAUCAAGGGCUGGGACCAGGGGCUGCUGGGGAUGUGUGAAGGGGAAAAGCGGAAGCUGGUGAUCCCAUCUGAGCUGGGAUAUGGAGAGCGGGGAGCUCCCCCCAAAAUCCCAGGUGGUGCGACCCUAGUGUUCGAAGUGGAGCUGCUCAAGAUUGAGCGCCGGUCAGAACUGUAGCCAGCUUCAGAGGGGCAGGGGCCCCAUGAGGGACCACAUUGUUUAAAAAAGAAAACAAACAAACAAAAAAACCUUAAAAGCCCAAGGAGUGAGCAUGUGUUUC